GGGCUCACCUUUGCCCCCUAUGGUCACCACAUGCAAUAUUCCCUCCCUAGUUCCGUUACUCUUCACUCUGGAUCCACAACUGCGGUGUUUUUUUUACCAACGCAAUUUAAAGACACAUUCAAUACCCGUAUAUACCACUUGGGGGAGCUCAAGUAUGUUGAGUUCUGCUCAUCCUACUGAAAUCUCUUAAUGUGAGUCAGGUCCCUCGUGUUCUUUAAUGGAGCAAUAGGAUACGUUUUUUUAGGCUUAACUCUUGUGUGUUACACAAUCCAGAGCUCUGGGUCAGAUCUACAGUUCCCUGACAGACAACAUAAGACGUCAGUUCACUAGGUCUGACCAACUGUCACUCCUAGACCCAGGUUUGUAAGCGUAACAGACAGAGUUGUGCACACCAGCGUUGUCCUCUUCUGAUUGGAUGUCCUUGUCCUACUCAGGAUCUCACUUCUGCUGUUGCUGGGCCCCCGUUCUGAAACUCAGUGAUUACUGUCACAUUUAUCACUCAAACACACACUAUAUCAUAGGAAGUUGUUUUGUUCCUCAGCUGCCAUGUUAUCUUUAACAACAGGGAAGAUAUUGAUAUUGUUUCAUUCACUUUUAUGAUACAAUAAUUUCACUACUAAUUAAUCAUAAGGCACUAAAGUUUUCACUAACAUCUACUUACAAGUAGCAUCAGUGUAUGUGCUGGUACUGUGUUUGAGAGACCUCCCAAAGAGAUCUGGGCAACACAAAACCUGGUUUAGUUUUAGGCCUUAAGAGAGUUCAACUGUGUUUUUUCACAUGAUAAGAAUGAGAGAAGGUUGAAAUUAAUCUGGGAUUAUUUGACAAGGUGUUUACUGCACUGUAUUUGGAGGUUUUCUUCUAACCUUUUAAUGUGUUUUAUGUGUGUAUUUCAUAGAGAAAGAUAUUUUUAUAAGUUAAGUCCUUGACAUGUGCCUCAAAUUCUGACACUGAAGAGGGAGGAGGAGGAGGCGAAGCAGGCGGCAGCCACCUAUAUCCUUGUCUUGUUUUUCACAGACCUGAGACGGUGGUUAACAGUAAUCAGAUCCACUUGGGAAAGUAAAUGUAGUGAAUCCCCUCAGGCUGUGGAUAUGUGUGAUUGUGGGGUCAACAGCAACAAAGGACAGCAGUUUCACCUCCUUUUUCUCCUGAUCACCCUCCCGUUGACCUCUUUUUCCUCACCAGCUGAGCACACACUGAUCCUUCCUGAUCCCAACACAACAGCCUCUGUACACUUCACCUGGAAUCGAAGACUCACUGUCCUGUUAUCAGAACAACCUGUUCCUUUUGCCACUUUGCUUCAACAAAACAGUAGCCAUCCUGGCUGGAGAAGCUGUUUAUCUAAUUUGAAUGGUGAUUUCCAAAGUCACUGUUGCACAGCAGGUCGGGACAGGCCACAGCUUUUGACAACAAACCUUCACAAAGCCUGACAGUGUGCACGGCAAUGACAAGUUCAGACUGUCGUCUCUCACCUCUCCUGGUUCACUGGGCCAAAACAGUGGUAAAGUGUGUCCAUGUGUGACCUGCAGGCUACAGCGACUCUGCCUGUGUUUACACAUCAAUAAUGCAUAUUGUUGUGAAGUGUAAGAACUGAGGAGGUCAGCAAAGCCAUGGGAGGAUACGCAGGGCUAAGGUUACUUCACUGUAUGUCUGACUGCUCCAAAACAAAGAGACACCUUCUUAGCUCAUGCUUAAAUUUCAUUCCUGUGGAACAAGGUUUUUUUUUUACUUUGUUUUGGUUUCUUGGAAAAAAACCCACUUUUUUUGACAAAAUUUUAAAAUUUAAAUCCAAACCUAACCUGGAUUUAAUGUCCAAUAUUUCGUCCUGCAAAGGUAAAAAAUGUCCAACAAAUGUUUUUCUGUUUCAAGCUAGGCGUCAUGUCCCUGAACCAAUCUGUCACUCUGACUGCACAUCUUACCACCAUUUCACGAGUUUAUGCCCCCCGCACCACUCUUGCACAGUAUCCUUACACAGUAAAAACAGUUCCUCUGAGGUCACUGAAACAGUCCCAUUUACUGACAACUACAAAAAAGAUCAUUUUGCCAAAUCAGAAAUGUGAGAAUGCAGAGUUUCCAGCUCACCCUAACAAGAUAAAUAUUUGUGAGUUGUUUCAACGGUGGUUUUCAGACAUUAUUAUACUGUGGAGCCUGGAAAUGUUUUAUCGCACCACCAGCAAGACCUACACUGUUUUGGGGACCACCAAAUUUAUUCCUGAUAAAUUCACGAGACCAUUUACCAGCCAAAUUCAUGCCACAAAAGCAGCACAGAAACCAGCACUUUUUAAAUUUAAAACAACAAAGUACACAUCCGUUAUACCUAAAGUAACAUUGUCAUUACCUUGAACCAAUCUGUCAUUCUGAGUGCACAGCUCAGUACUAUUUGUUUUCCUGCGUGUACAUCCUGCACUAUUCACCUUCCACUUCCUUUUACAAUAAAAACAGUUCCUCUGAGGUCACCCUGACUUCAGCUGUCCCAACCCCACGAAACACAGUGAAUCUUCUUUUAACCUUCACUUUAUUAGUACUCCCUUUUAAUGUAAUGAUGGUGAGAUGCAACGCAGUACAUUUAUGUGCAUGUGAGCAUGCCGUUGUUGUUGUUGUUGUUGUUGUUGUCUCCCGUGCAGCACAGCUCCUGCUGCUCCUGCGGCUCCUGCAGCUCCUGCUGCUGCUUCAGCCUACGUCAGAGGGAUGGCACUGCGGCGCAGGAUCGCUCUGCAGUACCGCCGUUGCUGCUUCUGUCUGUGGGAAGGAUGCGACACUGCACUGAGUGAACAAAGUUUAAAGAUGCUGAACAGCUCGGCAGUUGCAGCAGCAGCAGAUGAGACCCAGGCACCGAGCUGCCCCUGCUGGACUCCAGUGUUUGUGGAGAAACACGCGUCGCUCUCUUUACCUGCAUGAUCUGUGUGAGCCAGGUGAGUGGUUUAAUGUAAGCACGAGUGGUGGGUGUGGUGUCGCUGUCUCAGCUGUGUGUGUGUGUGUGUGUGUGUGUGUUACACACAGAUCCAGUGCCAGUGUCAGACUGGUGAGGCAGCUAUUCACAGAGCAGAAGGAGGAGGAGGAGGCUGUUAAAGUGUUUCUGAGGCUCACUCUGUUCUUCACCUCCAUCAUCCAUCUGCAGAAGGACCGAAGAUCUGACGGCAGCUCAAGGAGUUUCUCUUUCUCCUCCUCCUCCUCCUCCCCUUCCUCCCCCUUUUUUUCGUCUUCAUGCACAACAUAAUCUCAUUAGCAAGUGUCCCGUGUGUGCAGACACAUGUAUGUGUAACUUGUGAAAAUAAGUGUGCUCAGGAAAAUUUGUUGUGUGUUACUGCUGCACCCCUGGGUUUAAUUUCAUGGGUAUUUCUCUAUCUGCCCCGCCGUGUGCUCUCUGGAGCUCUGUUGAUUGCCCCCACAGGGCUCUGCUGAGGGCCAGGAGCAGGAGGAGAGCAUUCUAUUUCCUCUCUCCUUAAUUAAUGAACAGACGCAAGGGUUUCAGAGUUAGAUUUGAAGGUAAAAGUGUGGGAUUUUACAGCGUGUUAAAGUAGUCGUGGUUGAAGUUUUGAAAUCAUCAAUAGAAAACCAUAUUAUCUGGGAUCUACUUUAAUCAAAGGUGUUGUGCCGACUCUGUUUGAGGUCCUCUUACGAAACUCGUCUGGUCUUCAGAUGUCGAGUUAGCGAGAAAACAUCCCAAGCUUUUAGUAAUAAUGGUUUAGAAUCUACAUUUUGGGAUAAUAUUGGGGCAUGCUGUACCACUCACAGUAAUCUUUUUUCACUUCUUUGGGUGCGACUGAUGCCUCAGCAUCCCUAGGAUGGUUGUUCCUUAAACAUGUUCUAUAAAUACUCCUGAUGUUUUUAGUAUAAAUACAAAUGCAGGGACAGAGAUGGAGUGUGUUUACAGUCACACUCCUGCUGAGGUCUGUGUGUCUGUGGUGUUAUUAUUACAGUCACAUUCACACCUUCUCUUCCUUUCUUAAAUCUUCUCCCUCUGUUCGUCUCCAUCUUUGUUUUUGUUUUUGUUUUUGUUUUUUGUAUUUUUCUCCAUCCAGCCUGCAGGAUGAACUUCAAGAACCUGAGGGAGUACUUGGCCUGGCUGUACUACCAGUACCUGCUCAUCACCGGCAUCUACGUCCUGGAACCCUGGGAAAAGUCCAUUUUCAACUCCAUCCUCUUCUCCGCCAUCGCCAUGGUGGUGUACACCUCCUACGUCUUCGUGCCCAUCCACGUGCGCCUGGCACUGGAGUUUUUCUCGGGGAUUUUUGGUGGACAGCCCGAGAGUACGAUGACGCUGAUGAACUGAAGAGCAGGAGGCGAAUUUGGAGGAAUUUUGAGAGGGUGGCCUAGCAUGAGACACCGAACCAUCGAGCAGCUUGUCACGACUUAACGCAUGAAGAUGUUCACGGAACAAUCUGGAAAACCGAGCCUUACUUUCAUCUUUACAUCCAACACCUUCUGGCCUUACCCCACGGUAUUUGACACUCCCUGUGAAACGAUGUUUGUCCUGAGUGUUUUUGUUUAGUUUUUUUUUUCUUUCACAUACAUGUGUUUUUGUACGUGUUUGUGUGUGUCCAUACCACCUGUCUGUUUUGCAUGAUAGGCACAUUAGCAGUAGAUUUGCAUGCUCGUCCUACUCCAGAACACUACCAGAGUCUUUUCCCUCCAUCAUGAGCUCCACUCGUGACUAAAACUAAAACGACUCACGGUGAUUUAUAGAAGAGCAGCUGUGGUAACAGCUGGAAAACCGGACAGAUGUUACAUUUGUGUUUUAUAUAUAUAAAAAUACAAAUUCACCUAAAAAAAUUAAAAACGUAAUAUCGUCCUUAGCUAGAUCAGGAGAGUGUAGCUGUGUUAUGUCUAAGACUCCAAACAUGUCCAUUAAACCAGACCGUUACAGCACCAUUCAAGAGCCAUCGUGGCUCACAACGAGUGACUCAAGGAUGCUUUUAAAUUUCCGUCCCAUCAUGUCUUCUGUCCACACGUCUCAGUAGAGAUCAUGUGUGCAGGAAUUCAAACAAAUAUUCUUUUAUUAUUUACUGCAAAAGAGUAGCAAUCCUUAAAAUGUCGUAGUAUUUACAAAUACAAUGACAAAAUAUCAUAUUAACUCUGAUCAGUGGUCAGUUUAACUGGUUUCCUGUUGCCCCAGUUAGGUCCCAAGGCCUAGUCCCUGUGUGUCUUUCAUAUAUGACACACAGCAUUGUGCAAAUGUUGAGGUUUGUGCAGUGCAGUGUUUUCCCCCUUUUUUAAGAAUUAAAUGAUUUAAAGAACACAACACUUGUUCUCAACACAAAAUAUUAAUAAAAUAUAUUAUUAAGUCUUUUAUUAUUGAACAUAACAUUUAAAUCAAUGUUUAAAAUUUGUCAGAUUUGGUUUGGAUUUCUUUGGUACUUUACAUUAUUUUUUGGUAAUGUUUGCUAACGUUUAAUCUUUAACUAUCUCUGAGUAUUUUUCUUUGAAUUGACUUUGCAGAGGUUUGGCCACACUUUCAACACUUGCCCUUAUCAAAUCUGUGAUCCCAGAAUGCUUUUCACUGCCUGCCCUGCAGUAGGCAAACAGUCGUGAAGUAACGCAGCCUACAUGGCAAACAGUACAGGGGAUAUGCGUGCAGUAGAACUUUAUCUUGACAUUUCCACACUGCGCCGAAAUUCCCCGUUGUGUAACUUUGAAGAACAGGAAUGCAGGAAAUUCACGGUCGUUUUCCACCCAAACAGAAAAUAUCUUAAUUUCUAUGACUUUAUUUACUACUGAGAAAAAAAUCCAUCUGCCUAUUAAAUGGAGAGCAGUGGUUUAAAGGAUGACCGUAGAAAAAUACUUUAUUAUCAUGUCCAUGUUUUCUCUGAUAUGACAUGACCUCAACAUUUACACCGUGGACCUGGUUUAAACCGGUUCUCAGAAACGUCACGUUAAUCAAAAAUACAUCAUUAAAGCGUUCACAUUAGUCGAAAAGUGAGUCAUUUUGACAAGGUCACUCUAUUGUAUUAUUAUGGCUGGUUUUACAAAAUGAACCACAUUUGGCAGUAAACUGGUUUAAAUCGAGGGCGGGCUUUAUAACGCCCGGUCCAGAAAUGAUUGACAUGAAGUGUAUUUUCAUUCUUAGGACAAUUGCCUGCAGACUUACACAGAAUUAAUAUUGCUGACAGACUGAAGGCUCAUCAUGUUUACAUAAAUCACUGAAGGCUGCAUCUCUAACAAAACCUCUACAGUUGCUACGUUGUCGUCACAUCAGCCUAACUUCACCCUGACCCCAGCACUAAGGUUGACACAGUGGAAUACAGACACAGACACAGUACGAUGAAACAUUAGUAUGUUAGUAUUAGUUUUUUAGUAUUAGUAUUAGUAUUACGCAGAAAAAAAAACAGGCAAAGAAACUCAUGUUCAUACAUGUUGGCUUCACUGUGUAUGAAGUGGUUGGUGAUUGGUAAUUAUUCACUCUAAGAUGAGUGUGAAUGUAAUGUAAUUCACACACGUAGUUUUGAAACUGAAGCCUUUGACAGGAUAACGAUAAUGUAAGGAGGCCAGAGUUUUCCUGGAGGUAUUAUAAUCUUAAAAAAUAAAACUUGGAGUCCAUGUUUCCAGCCCAAACUAUGUAAUUACUCUGAUGAAGUCACAGUCAGGGAUGUGUGAGUGCGAGCGUUCGCUGAGCCUCUCCUCUCUUCUCUGACGUGUCUGAAGUGUAAACUGCUGGAAUGUCAGGAAGUGGUGCUCAGCACUGAGCAUGAGCAAAUAUUGAUAAGGCACACCUUUAUGUUCCAGGCUGGGCUUCGUUAAUGAUGUGGCGCAGCUCCAUCCUGCAGCCGCUGAACUCGGAGCCCAACUGUUUGCUGCCAAAUUCAAAACACAGUCAAAACAAAGACUGAAUGAAAAGAAAGGGACAGAUGUGUAGACACUGGCGGGGACAGAGGAGACGUCCUGGUGUUUCUGGUAGUGGUGAUGAGCAUCAUUACUUUGGAUCUAGGUCUUUCUAAUGACCGUCUGAACGUGCUCUUUAAUUUGAACUUAUUUAUAAGUACUUGUAUUUAUUUACACUGGUAAAUGCUUGGCUGGUUACAAUGUCACUUACCAAAUGUUGUUGAUUAUUUGUACCUGUGUUCUCACAUGGCCAUAAAACUACACAUUGUUAUAUCUUUCUCUUUGUUUUCUUCUUCUUCUUCACUCUGCAUGUCAAACUAUAAAAGUGAUUUUUUUUAUAUAUAUAUUUUUUCAAUUUGUGUUGUUUAAUGUCACUUCUGUCUCAUGGUGUUUUCGUUUGUUCUCCCGUCUUUCACUGAUGAUUUUAUUUAUACAUGAAAACAACACACUUCUGUGAUAUGUGGAAAAUAAAAAUGUCCGCAAACACUGGGACAAAA